UCUCCCGUCGUCUCUCUCUCUCUCUCUCGCUUUGCACUUCUCCUCAAAAUCCCCAUUCCAUUUUUCUCUCCCGAUAAUAUUUAUUUUUCGGUUUCCAUUCUGCUCUCCUCCACUGAUUCAUUGUCUGCAGCCAUGUUCGUCUCUAGGGUUUUUUCACGUGUCCCUAGGCGAAUCGUCCCACGGAGCUCCUUGCUCCUCCUCUCUGUUCCCCAAAAUCAGCAGUCGGCAAUCCUCUGUGACCAUCUCCAUUCCCUUGCUCGUGAAUCCCCGAACGCGUUAGUACCAAGUCAGGUGUCUUUCCUACAUCAUUCAGCACCACACCUCUCCAUCUUCCAAAGAUUUGGAGUUUCUUCAUCGGCCUCUCCUGAGCCUACUGACAAGGAAAAUGGGAGUAAUGGAGAGAAUAAUGGCGCUUCUAGGAAUGCAGAGCCCUCAAACACUAGCGGAGAUGCUAAACUUUCGAAUCAAGCUGAAGAUUCAGGUUUGGAAUGGAGCAAAGCUAAAGAAUCAGAUCCUAUUUUGGAAUCCCAGUCUGUUAAAAGGAGGAGAAAAGGUACUAAACGAAUUGCAUUUUCUGAUUCAGAUUCAGAGAGUGGAGAGGAGCUUUCCAUGGAUGAUUUGGUUAAACUAGUGGCUGAGAAGGAAGAGCUUUUGAAGUUAAAGCACGAAGAGAUUGAGAAGAUGCAAGAUAAAGUUCUCCGUAGUUAUGCAGAGAUGGAGAAUGUCAUGGACAGAACAAGACGGGAAGCAGGGAACUCGAAAAAGUUUGCCAUACAGAGUUUUGCAAAGAGUUUACUGGAUGUCGCAGACAACUUGGAAAGAGCUUCUUUGGAAGUCAAAAAGAGUUUUGCGAAACUUGAUACUUCUACAGACUCGGCUGGAGCUCUGCCACUCUUAAAAACACUUCUAGAAGGUGUUGAAAUGACCGAGAAACAACUUCUGGAGGUAUUCAAAAAAUAUGGAGUAGAAAGAUUUGAUCCCCUGGAUGAACCAUUUGAUCCACAUAGGCAUAACGCUGUCUUCCAACUACCAGAUGGUUCCAAGCCUCCAGGCACUGUUGCUGCAGUUCUUAAGUCAGGAUACUUGCUUCAUGAUCGAGUUAUUAGGCCGGCUGAAGUUGGAGUAACUCCGGCAGUGGAGAAUGCGGCUGAGGAUAGUGCAAGCUGAAAAGGACCCUCAAGCUUGAAGAACAGACAACCUGGAGUUUUUACUAAUAAUCAUGUUAAAAUUUUGCGCUUGUUUGAGCGAAAGAUUUAGCGUAUAUGUUUUUAUUGUUUGACCGGCUUUAGGAACUAUCUUGAGCACAGCACAAAGUGACAAUUUUAUAUUUCUUCCGCACUCAAUCGUUGGCUUCUUGUUGUCAUAGAAGUCAAAGACACGCCACAAAAGGGUCUUGUUACAAUAGAAUAUUCUGCUUAUGGCGAACUUGAUGGAUUAAGCUUUCAUGAGAUGCCGUUUAGCCUUUCGCUGAUUUCUAUUUUCUACUCUCAAGUGUUGCC